AUAUCCCCUCAACAACCCUAGAGGAUAACACCAGUUCGGACUCGAAUUCCAGUACCGAUGAGCUCGCCGGCGAGAUCGUCGGCGUCGGCGGCGAGCGGGGGGCAAGGCGGCGGCGGUGGCAACGCCGGAUUCGGCGACGACGCCUCUCCUUAUCACUUCCCGCUUGAAUCCGCCUAUGAUCGCAAGGACGAAGCCCUCGCAGCAUUGAGAUCGGAACUGAUGGCGGCGCUUCAGAAGGAGGUGAAGUCCUUGGACGACGACGCUUGGAAGUUCGCUGGCCCUCGCUCUCAAAUCCAUCGUAUUUCAAGACCAGGUGGGUAUCUGCAAAAGCAAGCAGGAAGUCCUGGGGAAGCCAACCAGCUUACCAAGCCAACAAGAAGUGUCCUGAGAUAAAACUUCGAGCAUUUUGCUGCAGAAAAGUCAUCUGGUGAUUCCAUGCCUUCGGACCAAUUUCAAGCCAACUUCUUAUAUGCUCCAAGUUUCUGUUCCGAGAUCUGCUAUUCCAAUUUCUAACCUUUUGUUCUUUGAUUUCGGUGUUGCUAAAUCUGCUUUGUUGCUUGAGAUCAGAACUCACAAAGACGAACUGGGAUCAGGCUAGCAAUAGAUUAUACUAUUACCUUAUAGCAAGUACUGUUGGCAAAGAUUGAUUCUGUAAUGCUGCAGUCUGUGAUUUCCUUGGUGCUUAAGCUUUGUAAAGCUCAGCCUCGUCCUUUCCGCACCAAUGUUUCUGACAUCGCGCUUGAAACUUGACGGGUUGUUUGACCCUUCGUGAUGAAGAAACCAUCGGAUGCAGCAAUCUCUUUGCAUGUGUGUCUGAGAACGUUAACGUCACGACAGAGAAAGAAAGUUUCGAUGGGGAUUAAUAUCAAUUUUUUAAUUCAGAAUUAGAUAUGUACACGUGUCAUUUUGUGUAUGGUUCUCCACAGCACCGACCUAUGGUUACACGCGUCAACAACGGCGUAACGGAGUCUGACGGCUAAGCGAUGGACUUAACGGAUCUCCGUCAGGCCCAAGUCAGAGAAAUCCAUCAGCUCCGCGACUUCCUCGGCGCACGCCGAAUUGCUAUAACACCCCCCUCUCUCUCUUUCUCGCCGUCGAUAGAAGAAUCAUCGGAGUCGAUAGCCAUGUCGGUGAGAACAGUGAAAGUUGGCAAUGUUUCCCUCAGUGCAUCCGAGCAAGACAUCAGGGAAUUCUUUUCCUUUUCUGGUGAUAUUGAAUACAUCGAAAUGCAAAGUGGAGAUGAGCGGUCUCAAGUUGCAUAUGUCACCUUCAAAAAGUCAGAUGGAGCAGAAAUGGCACUUCUUCUUUCAGGUGCCACGAUAGUUGAUAUGACUGUCAUUAUAACACCAGCCACAGAUUAUCAAUUACCAGCAGAUGCAUCAAUUCCUUACAUGUCGAAAGAUGGUGCUGCCAGUAACAAAGAGACUUCGAUUCAGAAGGCAGAAAAUGUCAUCAGCACUAUGCUGGCUAAGGGCUUGAUCCUUGGAAAGGGUGCAUUGGAAAGUGCAAAGUCUUUUGAUGAGAAACACCAAUUAUCAUCCACAGCAAUGACUAGGGUCUCAAAUUUAGAUCAUAAGAUUGGUCUCACCGAGAAAAUCAGCACUGGCACUUCUGCCGUCAACGAAAAGGUUUUGGAGAUGGAUCAUAGGUACCAGGUCUCCGAGAAAGCAAGAUCGGCCAUCACAGCUGCAGAGCAGAAAAUUAGCAAUGUCGGCUCUGCCGCCAUGGAGAACAAGUAUGUUUUCGCCGGCGUCUCAUGGAUGAUAGGUGCUAUCAACAAGGUUGCCAAGACUGCAAGUGAGGUCGGUACAAAAGCCGUGGAGAAAGCUACGGCUGAGCAACAACAGAACAAAUCAUCACCUGAAGAUGCUCAGGAUAGGGUGCAUUCGCCGGAGACUUCUGUAGCUUCACCACCUGAUCAUCCUAAGAAGCCCGAACCCGUGCAAGGAUUGAUUCUAUGAUCGGCGUUUUCUGCUUUCGUUUGUAUAUAAUGCUGUCAUGGUUUCAAAUACUCAGUUUCUAAAGAUCUGCUGUAGGACUUCUCCAGUUAUUAUAUGAAAGUGGUUCUGUUAAUGUA